UACACGCCUGAAACUCCAGUACCCCACCCGUGAAACUGAAAAUGGAUAUGAAUGCCAUGCAAGCAAGCAAAGCAUCUGCUCCGACUUCCCUUCCGGCUCACUCGAUCAUUCUAGAUGAUGGCCGCUUCGCCGCCGUUCGCAGUGGCCGCUUUCCUCAUCGCUUUCUUCAUCUCCAAAAUCGCCGCCGCACAGUUCCCCCAAAACUCAACCGGAAUCUACAAUCUCCACCUUCCAACACCGUACCAGUCUCUCUGCGCCAGUCUCAUUCACCCCUCCGGUUACCCUUGCUCGGAGCACAAAAUUCAAACUAGGGAUGGCUACUUUUUGGGUCUUCAACGCGUGUCGUCAUCGAAUUUGGAUUUGAGAGCACAGCCGGGUCCUCCAGUGUUGCUCCAGCAUGGACUCUUCAUGGCAGGUGAUGCAUGGUUUUUAAAUUCUCCCGAACAAUCACUGGGCUUCAUCCUCGCAGAUGAAGGCUUUGAUGUAUGGGUAGGAAAUGUGCGUGGAACGCGUUGGAGUCAGGGGCACAUAUCUUUAUCAGAAGAGGAUAAGGAAUAUUGGGAUUGGAGUUGGCAGGAAUUGGCUCUCUAUGAUCUUUCUGAAAUGAUUAACCACAUAUAUUCGAUAACAAAAUCCAAAGUCUUUAUUGUUGGACAUUCACAGGGAACAAUCAUGUCUUUAGCUGCUCUCACCCAGCCAGAUAUAGCAGAAAUGGUUGAAGCUGCUGCUCUUCUCUGUCCAAUAUCAUACUUGGAACAUAUCAGCACUCAAUUUGUAAUUAGAAUGGUUGAUGUGCAUCUUGAUCAGAUGAUUCUUGCUAUGGGCAUCCAUCAACUAAACUUUAGAAGUGAUUGGGGAAUUAACCUUCUGAAUUCAAUAUGCGAUGGCCAUGUUGACUGCAAUGACUUGCUAACGGCCAUAACAGGGAAGAAUUGUUGCUUCAAUAACUCACGCGUGGACUUCUAUCUGGAUUAUGAACCCCACCCAUCAUCUGCAAAGAACUUUCACCAUCUCUUCCAAAUGAUUCGCAAGGGUACAUUUUCAAAGUAUGACUAUGGCAUCUUGAAAAAUCUGAUCGAGUAUGGUCAGUUGAAACCCCCUGCAUUUGAUCUCAGUCUCAUACCCAAGUCGUUGCCACUGUUGAUGGCUUAUGGAGGCAAUGAUGCUCUAGCAGAUGUGGCAGAUUUCCAGCACACCCUCAAGGAAUUGCAGUCUACUCCACAGUUGGUUUAUCUUGAGAACUAUGGUCACGUGGACUUCAUUGUCAGCACAACAGCCAAGGAAGAUCUUCAUGAUCAAUUGAUUGGGUUUUUUAGGUCAUGGGGAAAAUCUAGUAGUUCUUAAAUUGACUGCUUUUGGUUUAUAAAUGUAGACUGCACUUGAGUUUUCGUGUGCAUAUCUUGUAAAUUACAUUGUUUUAUCUUUCUAGUGGUGAUGAUUCUGAUGAAUUAGAAAAUUUUUAGGAUCAGGUAGUAUGUAUAGAGAUUUAUGUACAUAUACAUUUCUGUAUCGUAAUUAGUUUUACUUUCUGAUUUGGCUGUGAAGCAGACGAGGGAGAAGAAGAUGAGAAAGUUUCUCACUUCUCAUUUCAAGAUGGACUUGCGCACGUGCUUUCGGCUAAGUUUCAUGGUUGGCUCCAGCCUCCAACAGCGAAAUGGAAGAGUGUCGCAAAGCUUGCUCAUGAUCUUGGCCCUCAGCUGUUGGUUCUUGUACCUUGCAUCGUAUAAGUGGCAUCCUUGUAUUCUAAUAGAGAAUAUACCUUCUCCAAUACUUGUAUACUUGUAUGUAUAUGUUUAAUUCUGUAAAUUUUCGUAUUAAUUGUUCUGUGGGUGUCAAAGAAAUAUUGAUUCGUGA